AUCCCGCAUAGCGUAUCUGAAUCUCUCUUCCUUAUAUAAUAUCAAGCCGACUCUCCACGAGUCUCCUUCUUUUCUUCUUCCUCUCUCUCGUCAUCAAAAUUCAUCUUUGCUCAUUCUAUUCUCUCUCUAGAACUCCAUUGCCAGAACCUUGAAUCAACUAGAGAGAGAAAGUGAGUUUGAGAGAGAGAGAGGAAGAAGGAGUAAAAUUUGCGUGGGAAAAUGAACGGUGGAGAUUUGAAUCAGCAGCAACAACAACAGCAGCAGCAACAGUGGGUGGCGAUGCAGCAGUAUCAGCAACAAUGGAUGGCGAUGCAGUAUCCAGCAGCAGCAAUGGCUAUGCAGCAACAGAUGAUGUAUGGUCAGCAAUACAUGCCUUACUACCAUCAACAGAAGAUGCAACAGCCGCCGACUCAGAUUCAGAACUCAUCUGAAGAUAACAAAACGAUCUGGAUUGGUGAUCUUCAACAGUGGAUGGAUGAGAGUUAUCUUCAUUCAUGCUUUUCUCAUGCUGGCGAGGUUAUUUCUGUGAAAAUUAUUCGAAACAAGCAAACUGGUCAGUCAGAGCGUUAUGGAUUUGUUGAGUUCAAUAGUCACGCAGCAGCAGAAAAAGUGCUACAGAGCUACAAUGGCACAAUGAUGCCAAAUGCCGAGCAACCUUUCCGCUUAAAUUGGGCAGCCUUCAGCGCUGGUGAAAAGCGUGCAGAAACUGGUUCUGAUUUCUCAAUUUUUGUAGGAGAUUUGGCCUCUGAUGUUACUGACACAAUGUUACGUGACACAUUCGCUAGUAGAUAUCCAUCUGUUAAAGGUGCAAAAGUAGUAGUAGAUGCAAACACAGGCCACUCAAAAGGCUAUGGCUUUGUAAGGUUUGGUGAUGAAAGCGAGAGGUCUCGGGCCAUGACUGAAAUGAAUGGUAUAUAUUGUUCCAGCAGGCCCAUGCGUGUUGGUGUUGCUACCCCAAAGAAACCAUCAGCACAGCAACAAUUUUCUUCUCAAGCUGUGAUAUUAUCUGGUGGAUAUGCAUCAAAUGGUGCUGCAACCCAUGGAUCCCAGUCUGAUGGUGAUUCAUCAAACACGACAAUUUUUGUUGGAGGACUUGAUUCUGAUGUCACUGACGAGGAACUGAGGCAGUCCUUUACUCAGUUUGGGGAAGUGGUCUCAGUGAAAAUACCUGCCGGAAAAGGAUGUGGUUUUGUACAAUUUUCUGACAGGAGCUCUGCUCAGGAGGCGAUACAAAAAUUGAGUGGGGCUGUAAUCGGCAAGCAGGCAGUUCGUCUUUCCUGGGGGCGAAGUCCAGCAAACAAGCAGAUGAGAAGUGAUUCUGGUAAUGGGGGCGGCUAUUAUGGAAGGCAAAAUUAUGGAGGAUAUGGAUAUGGUGCAUCACAAAAUCAGGAUUCUGGCAUGUAUGCUGCUGGAGCAGCCUCUAAUGGCUACGGGAAUCAGCAGCCUGUUAGCUGAACUGUAGUCAACCGCUGCUAAAUGAGACAUUGCCAAAACACUCUUUCUUUGGGGGUUUUAAAUUUAAAUUGACUUAAAAAGAUUAAAGCAUAUAGUGUUUGAUGAGAAUUUUGUAGCUGGAUUUGAUUUAUGCUUAGUGAGUCCAAGCUAUGUGAAACGUUAUACCUAGAGAUGUGAGCUAUGAUGAUUGGUGAAAACUUGUUUCGAUUUCUGCUGCCUUUUAAACUUA